AUGGAGAGCUUCUCCCCAUUUCGUGUGGUCGGAAGCGUAUGUGGUGAGCUGCCAGUCAGUAGCACAAUGUUAUACGGCGCACCGCAGUUGAUGGUUGCCACAGGACGCACAUUUCAGUUGUUUCGGGGGAAAGAACUUACAAUGCUUCGCGGUGGGCCGCACUUUGAGAAGAGGGUGAGGGCUGUAACACAGGCAGGGAAGUAUCGUUUUGUUGCCGAAGGGCCUCGGAUUCAUGCAUUUGUGCAUCACAAGCCGCUCUGGAACUGCAUGCACAACGACGUUACGCAGAGCAGAGUGGAUCACAUUCUUGCUGUGGAUGAUAUUCUUUUCUGUGUGGGUAACGAUAAACGCGUAGUGGUACGGGAGAUAAAGAGCGGGAACAUGCUCACAGAGUUUCUUGUUGAUGGUAGUGAGGAGACACGCGCGAUGAUUACCCCUGCCGGAUACAACAACAAACUUCUUUUGGCGACUGCACAGGGAUCACUGCAGUUAUACAAUUUCAAAAGCGGUGUCUGCCUGUGGCGCGAAAAGCGAGAGCCUGGUGCGCAGAUCACGGCUCUAGCGGCAAGUAACUUCAAGGACAUCAUCGCAUAUGGCACAAGCAACGGCCGUGUAGUUGUUCUCAACAUGGCUACUAACGAGGAUAUCAUGUCAUUUGACCAGGAGGAGAGAGGUGCCGUGACUGCGCUGGCGUUCCGAACCGACAAGGAUGUCCUCGUCGCCGGGUCUAGCUCCGGCGAGGUGGCGAUGUGGGACCUUGAAAAUGGCUGCCUUGACGGUCUUCUGACGCGUGGCAAGCAAGUGAAAACUGAGACGGAGGUGCUGGAGUCCCCACACACCAAUACCGUUCACUCCAUAGUUGUUCUGCCAACAGAAACUGCCACCAUUGUUACAGCUGGAGCUGACAAUGCAUUGAUGCAGUUUAGGUUUGACACUGUAGACGGUCUUGGCGUGCUGGUGCGUGAGCGUCGGGGUCAUAUGGGGAGCUGCACAGAGGCUAAGUUUUAUAACAGCGACUUGCUGCUGACUGCCGGUACCGAUCGUUCGCUCCGUGUGACGCACCUAUUUUCCGAUCGUGCGUCAUGGGAAUUGUCUCAGGGCCAGUUGGGCCGACGGGGGCGCGAGAAGCAGAUGGGACGUGAGGCGAUGAAGAUGCCACCUGCUGUUGCUAUUGCCAGCUGCACUGCAAGGAACUACCAGUGGGCGAGCAUUGUUUCUAUUCAUGAAUCUUCGUCAAAGAUGUGCGGCUGGCGCAUGGACACUCGUUCUCUAGAUUGUAAGCUGAGCGGUAUUAAGACGUCGAUGCACAUCGCACGUGCCGUCGCCAUGAGCGACUGCGGGAACUUUGCUGUUAUCGGGUACUCGAGCGGUGAUGUAUCUGUUGUCAGUAUUCAGAACAAAGGCGUACGGCAGUUGCUUGACUCCUCACUGAAGCCGGACGACCGGGCACACUGUGGUUCAGUGGAGUGCGUUGAGGUGGCCUGUGGAAACAACAUUGUUGUAACUGCAGGUCUUGACUCGAUGAUUAAGUUGUGGAGUCUCUUCACCUGUCGCCUCCGCACCGUCGUGAAGACUGAUUGUCCUUUGCAUAAGUCAUGUAUUCAUCAACCGUCGUCUCUCUUUAUUGCCGCGCAGCACUUCUCCAUUCGUGUAUACCACUGCAACCCCGACAUUGGGCUUACAACCCAAGAGUUGCGCGUGCCCGUACGAACGUUCAGCGGCCACACCAGCCCCAUUACAGCCCUAGCCCUUGCGCCAGACUCGUAUCGUUACGUAGUGUCGGCAUCUGGCGAUGCAGCACUACUUGUUUGGGAUCUUGCCUCCUCUGCCUGUGUCGGGCAGUACCGCCUAGCUUCUCCGGCCAUCUCACUUGCCUUCCACCCAGAUGCUCUAUUUAUGGUCUCUACGCAUGCCGGUGAGCGUGGUGCCUUCCUUUGGUCAAAUAAUUUGCGUUAUGGCUUUGUUCCAGAGGUAAUAACGGAUCCGAGGGCGCGCAGCGUGGAGGAACUGCCACAGCUGCACUUUCCUACAGCUCAUGGCGCCGCGGAGGAUGCAGAGGAUGAUACUGUUGACAAUGCUGUGAAGUGUGAGAAAGGGCUCCCGGGUUCAGGUAAUGAAAUCAAGGAGGAGGGUGAAAGCGAUGGUAAUGAUGAUGGAAUGUUGGGCGACAUAGCGGGUGCUGGUGGAAACGCUGAGCAGGAGGUAGAGCUUUUUGACGCCAAGAAGGAUACUGCGUUAAUGCAAAUUGAGAGGGAAAAAGUAAAAUGGGCUGAGCUUGAUGAGAUUAUUUCCGGUGGCAUGCGCCUAGCUGGCGUGCCCCGCUCCAUGUGGUUCGACCUUACCCUGUUGGAGCAGAUAAGGGAAAAGAACCAACCGCUCCUUCCACCCAAGAAGCGCGACGUUCCCUUCUUUCUACCAACCACGCAGGAAUUGCGUCCCACGUUCCUUGUUGCAGCUUCAAACUCAAAAGAUAAGGAAGCUCUUGUAUCGCGGGUGGUGAAUGCCCCGAUAGCCCAGCUCACGCCGGUGCAGCAGAUGCUUGUGCGGAACGAACAUGAUGCUUUUUUGUCGUACAUCCUUUCCCUUGGUUCACCACAGGCUGUUGACUUGGAGAUCAAGCGUGCGGUCGACUAUGUGGAGGGUUGCUCUUACACGGAGAAGGAACUGGAGCGUAUUAAGGACUGCCUGCAUGGGCUGUUGUCAUUUGUGGCGGAGUGGCUGAAGCGGCGCGAGAAUGUCGAUUUGGUACAGGGCAUAUUGGCUGCCGUCAUUCAUUCACACGGCCCACUGAUAACAAAGUGUGGUGCCGAGUUAAUUAAUGUUCUUGAGGAGCUGGCAGAGUUACAGAACUCGAUACGAUAUAGCGUAGAUCACCUCAUUGGGUACCCAAGCUGUCUGGCAGGUACUUUUUCGGGGUCACAUUUCUAA